AUGGAGCUUACCUGGCUCGCCGAUACUCCCCAGUCGCGCAGUCGGGUUCGGGCCCUGCGCGCUUGUCCCAGUUGCCAGCGACGAAAGGUGUGUGUGUACCAGACAUCCAAGCUCCGUCGAGCUCGAGAGCUGAUCAACCCGAAGAAACGCUGUCGACAUCUGGCCCCGAAUUCCAGGCUGGUAGAGUCUAGAGCCCAUGAAUCGUCGGUGGGUAGGAAUGCUUCGACAGGCUUACUCCUCGGCCCGGCGAACACCACGCCUGCCGGCCGAGCUUCCCCGUCUUUCUCGGCAACCGAUCGGUUUGUCGGAGAUCUCAAUCCGGAAUCCGUGAUUCGAGAACGAUUGGACGAGUCGACAGGAACCCCUCUGCGAGGCCGCAUUGGGCUUUGGAUUAGUUCUGCUGCCCAGGGGGACGACUCCCACGCCGACCAACAUCACGAUCCAAUGGUGAAUGCUGCUCCAUCCAUUCUCCCUUCUCAGACAGCUCUGGUGGGCCAUUCGGUUGCGUCCCUGUUACACCAGCGUUAUGUCAGUACCAUGCAGGCAUGCGAGCGACUUCCUGCGGCGACUCGGCACUAUCUUACGGAUAUAUAUUUCACCAAGGUCAAUGAUAUUGUACCACUCCUUGAUAAGGAAACCUUUCUUCAGGCACAAGUAGAGGGCUCGGCUAGUGUGUUUCUUGAAAGAGCAAUAUGCCUUGUGGCAGCCAAACAUCGUGCCGCUGGUCCUCAUCUUCGCCUGACGGCAGAUGGUCCCACCGUGGCGCCGCGUCAAUUCUGCUCCGAAAUCUACAAGGGACUCGUCGCUGCCAUGGAUGCUGAAAUCGAGCCAGAUCGCCUAACUCGCAUCCGCGUGUUUGCAUUGAUGUCUUUGCACUGCGAGGGAUACGAAGGCGCAGAGGCGGCAUCCAUGCACCUGUGCCAGGCUAUCCACCAGUCCCAAACCAUUGGUCUGCAUCUUGACCGGCCAGGUCGCACAUCCACCGAUCCUCCCACCAAGCUUUUCUGGUGUCUGUGGACGUUGGACAAGAUGCAUGCAUGUAUUGGAGGCCGCCCAGUUCUCUUAGCCGAUCGUGACAUUGGGGUCGAGAAACCCAAUUUCAACGACCGCCAGUCGCGAGGAGCCUUUGCGGUGUGGCUUGCCAUCUCUGAUCUGCUAGCAACCGUUAUCUCGUUCUAUCGCCCCUCGGCUGACACCAGCACCAGUGGAUGGGAGGAAGGGUUCCCAGCAUUUGAGGAUAUUGUGGGAAAGAAUACUACUCAAGACCUGGACUUUGCUACUCUUGGCUUCUUGGAACUUUACUAUCAUGCCGUUGCCAUCCUGUCAUGCCGGCAUAAGGUCUCCGAACACCUCGAUAGCUCCAAGCUCUCAUCCGUUCGGCAGGGACUUGCGGCCGUCCGGAUUCACUCCAUUGUCGCAUCCGAAUGCGCCGACGAAUUGCCCCCUCUUCCCCUUGUGCCCUACGCGAUCACUUUAUCAAUGGGUGUCUCUUACCGUCAGUUGCGCUCGAGUAAGUUGAUCACGCACCUUGACCGAGCUAAGGGGAGCCUAGAGGCGUCGUGCUCCCUGUUGGAAGCACUGAGCGUCUAUUGGUACUGGGCUGAAGCGAUGGCUCGGCUCGGGCGCAAAGCGCUCCGAAGCUGCCCCCCGGAAGGGCGCGAUGGCUCCUCGGUCGUGCCACCUGCCCCCGAUGUGUCGGAAUCCUUCGAGGCCGGACUCACCGAUCUGGAGGCGCCACUGCAAGGGUUCACGGACAUUGACACGCUCUUUGGCGAGUUUUUCGACCUAUCCCUGCCGACGAAUUUCUGGGAUCCCAUCUUCAUGGAGGAGGGUUCAGCGCAGGACCCGCAAUAA